AUGACAGCGCUCCGCCCUCCUCUACGGCAGCUCCUCCUCAAGCUCCAUCCACGUUCCAACUCUCAUCCCCAGGCAGCGCUCAGCCGCCGCACCUACAGCAACAACAAGCACGGAGAUGGGCCGCCAACCCCCAUUGACAUCGACGCCAUAAGGGCCAAGAUGCUCUCUCGCCCACCGCAGAUCUGGCACGACGACCUGCACCCGCACAACUCGCGCCUGCUCGACACGGCGCUCGCAGACUUCCUGCCCGCCAGCUGCCAGCCCCUGCGGCUGCACCAGGAACAACUGCCUGCCGCACACCACCUGCUGUACUUCCCACUACGACUCCCCGGCUCGGCGCUGUGCCCAGACGGCACAGACCCGUAUCACAAGCCCGCCGAGCCGGCCUUCGCGCGGCGCAUGUGGGCUGGCGGCUCGAUACGGGACCUGGACGCGCCGCUGGCGCUCGACGGGCGGCCCGCCGUCUGCGUGGAGCGCAUAGCCGACGUCAGUGCCCGGGGCGCGCCCGGCGCCGAGAAGAUCUUCGUCGAGGUCAGCCGCGAGUACGUGGACCGCGAGGGGCUCUCGACUGCAGCGGGGGUUGAGCACGGGACGGUGCCGACGGGCGUCGGUAUCAGCGAGAGGAGGACGCUCGUGUUCAUGCGGAUGAUGGACAAGGAGGCGAGAAAGCAGGCGCUUGCGACGUCGCUCAAAGGGAGCGGGAAAGCUCUCAAGGUCCCCAUCGCCCCGGACUUCUCAGUAACUCUCACGCCAACGCCGACGCUGCUCUUCCACUACAGCGCGCUGACCUACAACGCGCACGCCAUCCACCUGGACCGCGCGUACUGCCGCGAGGAGGAGGGCCACAGGGACCUGCUGGUGCACGGGCCGCUGGCACUAACGCUCAUGCUCUCGGUGCUGCGCUCGCGUCUCGCCUCGGGGAACAACAGCGAGAGCAUCCACGGUAUCGACUACCGCAACUUCGCGCCGCUGUACGUGAACGAGCCCCUGCGAGUGUGCGUUGCGCUGAAGGGGGGUAAGCCGAGGGAGACGGAGAACGAAGAGGGGAAGAGCAACGGAACGGCAAAAAAGCAGGGAGGUAUAGAACAAGACGGUGGUGCCGGUGAGAAACCGAAGCAGCUGAUUAGGAGGAAGUGGGAUGUCUGGGUCGAGAACAAGGACGGCGGGCUGAGCGUCAGGGGCACGGCCGAGAGCCGUGGGGUGCCUGGCCAUGGCGACUGA